AUGUUGGGUCAGAGCAUCCGGAGGUUCACAACCUCUGUGGUCCGUAGGAGCCAUUAUGAGGAGGGCCCUGGGAAGAAUUCGCCAUUUUCAGUGGAAAACAAGUGGGCGUUACUAGUUAAGAUGUGUUUAUACUUUGGAUCUGCAUUUGCUGCACCCUUCCUUAUAGUAAGACACCAACUGCUUAAAUCAUGAGGAUGUUUCAGUUCAUCCAUUUAACAGAUAUGAAGAGCAUUUUA